AUGUGGGUUAUUCUAAGUUCCUUUGUCAUAGGUCUUUCGCUUAUGUCGCAAAAGACAAAUGCGGAGAUUAUAGGUUGCAAUAUCAUUGACACUGUGGACCUCUCGUCAGCACAGAAACUUUCCAACGAAUCAUACUUAUAUGAGGGCCUACUCAUUCCGGCCCACUUGACGGCUGAAUAUGAUAUCAGGCCGGAUUCGCAGGAGAAAGUGACGCGCCACUUAAGAGGAUGUGUCUGCAAAGUAAGGACCUGCGUAAGAUUUUGCUGUCCUCGCAACCAGGUAAUGAAAAACGGAGUGUGUUCCAACAUGACGGACACAGAGCUAAACGCACUAGAUCUUUCUAUAAAUAUAACCCUCGACAACGGAUCGCUGGUCAAUAGGAAAAUUAAGAACGACCUAAAGGUUCAGUGGGAUUUACCCAUGCCUUGUGAAACUACCAAGAUGUUCUAUUUGGACAGCCGAGAUAAAACAAAUCGGUACACUGGGUUUGAGAAUGGAACCCUUUUGCUCCAUUUUGACAUGGUGACACUGAGCAAGUGGGACUACUGCCUACAGCCUCAUUUCUUCAAAGACGGCAAUAUUCAAAUUGUACCCCAUAGCUGCUUAGCUCCUAAAACAGGGCAGACCAUCGUGACGAUAAUAUCGAUGAUAGGUUUGCUUCUGACGAUCAGCGUAUAUCUAAUAUUUAAGAAACUGAGAAACUUAGUAGGAAAGUGCAUCAUGUGCUACAUGGUUUGCCUUUUUAUGGGAUACCUAUUCCUACUUUUCGAUUUGUGGAACAUAUCGCAUUGCUUCUGCAUGACAGCAGGUUUCCUCGGCUACUUUUUCAUCAUGGCAGCGUUUCUUUGGCUUUCUGUUAUCAGUCGGGAACUAUAUAUAACCUUUAAUACUAACUCCUUCCUUGCCAAAUUCUUCCUAACUAACCAUCGUUUUCUGACUAGAAACAUCUUCGCCUGGAGCGUAGCGCUGGCCUUUACUGGAGUGACCUAUCUGGCAAAUGAGAUCGUAGAGGACGAGGAGUUGAAUCCUCGUGUGGGAAGCGGAGGACAGUGUUGGAUCUACACUCAAGAUUGGUCUGCCAUGGUCUACUUCUACGGGCCGAUGCUCUUGAUAGUUGUUUUCAAUACAAUUAUGUAUAUCCUGACUCUUAUUUAUUUUGUGAAAACUAGAUCGGAGUAUCUAAAAAGAAAGCAGAAACCUAUAAAAGCCAAAUACAUCUUCACCUUAUUUCUUCGGCUCUUCAUUACUAUGGGUCUUUCGUGGAGCUUUGAGAUAAUAUCCUACUUAGCGAGAGCCAACCCAUUUUGGAUAGACCUUUUUCGGGUGACUGAUUAUAUUAAUUGGUCCCAAGGUAUCAUCAUAUUUGUGGUGUUGGUUUUAAAGAGAAGAACUCUACAACUUUUAAAGAAGAGAAGUGAAAAAACACAAGCCUUUCAGAACAUGAUCCAGCUUGAAAAUAUGAACUUAGAUCAAUGAAUCCUACCACGGACCCUAUCCACUACAAACUGGGAGAUUUAUUUAAAGUAUUCUCGAAGUGCGUCCUGUAAACCCAGUGAAACAGCUCCUAAAGAUGACUUAGUCUG